AUGGACAGGCUUAUCUCUUCGCCGCUCCACCUCACCCGCGCGCCCUCCUCCUCCUCCGCCUCCAGGCCCCGCGCCGGCGGCCACCACCACCUCCUCCCCGCCGCCGCCGCGCCAAGGUCCUUCGCGCCCCUCCACGGCCUCAGGCUUCACCCUCUCGCGCCGCUCCUCCCCAGGCCGCCUCCGUCACUCCUAGCCGCGGCCUCCGCCUCCUCCCGCGCCGACGCCGUCAAUCCCGCGCCACCGGAACCAGAUGACGAGGCCGCCGACGCCUCUGCGCAGGCUCCGGCCACCGGAUUCACCCGCUUCUUCCAGAAGGUCGCGUCGGCCGCGGCAGUCGCCUUGGUGGCGGCGCUGGUGGUGGCGGCAGUCGGGCCGUCGUCCAUGGUGCCGCCGGCGCUGGCCUCGGCGCUGCACAACCACUCCCACUCGGCGGCCGUCACGGCGGGCCGGAGCAUCUUCAAGUCGGAGCUGCUGGGCAGCGCGUGGACGGGGUUCCUGGCCGGCUGCCUGCACACGCUCUCGGGCCCGGACCACCUGGCCGCGCUGGCGCCGCUCUCCAUCGGGCGGUCGCCGGUGGAGAGCGCCGCUGUCGGCGCGCUCUGGGGCUGCGGCCACGAUGCCGGCCAGGUCAUGUUCGGCCUGCUCUUCCUCGGCCUCAAGGACCGGCUCCACAUCGAGGUGCUCCGCACCUGGGGCACCCGCGUCGUGGGCCUCACCCUGCUCGUCAUCGGCGCCAUCGGCAUCCGGGAGGCCACCCAGGCGGCGCCCUGCGUGGCCGCGGCGCUCGAGGGCGGCACGAGCGCGCACCAGCACGGCGGCAACAACAGCAACGCGCUGGAGAAGGCGCUGCUGGGCGCCGGCGGCAAGAAGAAGGAGAUCAGCUUCGCGACGUUCGCGACGGGGAUCGUGCACGGGCUGCAGCCGGACGCGCUCAUGAUCAUCCUGCCGGCGCUGGCCAUGCCGUCGCGCGCCGCAGGGGCCGCCUUCCUCGGCAUGUUCCUCGUGGGCACCGUGCUGUCCAUGGCCAGCUACACCGUGCUCAUCGGCACCUGCACCGAGGCGCUCAAGGAGAGGGUGCCCCGGAUCACGGAGAAGCUCACCUGGGCGGCCUCCCUCGUCGCCAUCUCCAUGGGGGUCGCCAUCAUCGUCAGCGAGUCCUUCGGGGUGAGCCUGUACUGA